CAACUCGGGAGCGCCGCCGAUCGGUCGCCAGGAUUUUCCCUGCUCGGCCAAAAUGGAGGAGGAGGUCUCUCGCCCGAUGAAGGGAGUCCAGAUUGCAUGACCGGGAUCUGCUUCAAUGAAAGGCGUCGGGAUCCGCAUUUGCCGAUAAACGAUCACCGCAACAACAAAGGAGACCCCCCCCCCCCUCCCUCCCUCCCCACUGAGGAUAUAUAUCUGUCACACAGGCGACCACGGCCAUGAGCGCAGGAGAGGGACUCGAUGAGGCUGCGAAGGACGCGGCAGACAUAGCGGCGUUUUUCAAAUCGGAGUGCUCCCUUCCAAAAUGUGAAUCCAAACUGGAUGGCCCGGGUCAAACCUCAGGGUUUCAUCGUAAUGAGGAUAUGAAGGCCAUCGAUGUGCUUCCCAUCCUCAAGGAGAAGGUCGCCUUUCUCUCAGGUGGCAGAGACAGACGAGGAGGUCCCGUGCUCACCUUUCCGUCACGGAGCAACCACGACAGAAUACGACCCGAAGACCUGCGCAGGCUCAUAGCCUACCUGGCUACUAUUCCCAGCGAGGAGGUGGCCAGACAUGGGUUCACGGUUAUCGUGGACAUGCGUGGUUCGAAGUGGGACAGCAUCAAGCCCCUGCUGAAGAUCCUCCAGGAGUCGUUCCCUUCGUGCAUCCACGUCGCCCUCAUCAUCAAGCCGGACAACUUCUGGCAGAAGCAGAGGACCAACUUUGGCAGCUCCAAGUUCGAAUUCGAGACGGUAAUGGUCUCCUUAGAGGGUUUAUCCAAGAUCGUGGACCCAUCCCAGCUGACGGCCGACUUCGAGGGCAGCUUAGAAUACAACCAUGAUGACUGGAUCGAGGUGCGGCUCUCAUUUGAGACCUUCGCCAGCGAUGCGACGCGCGCCCUGUCGCGCCUCGAGGAGCUCCAGGAAACCCUGUCCCAGCGCGACCUCCCUCGGGACCUGGAGGGGGCUCGCCGGCUUAUGGAAGAGCAUGCGGCGCUGAAGAAAAGGGCCACGAAGGCGUCGGUGGAGGAGCUGGACACGCAGGGGCGAAGGCUGCUCCAGCGGCUACAGUCACAGACUGCAGGCGGCGGGAGUGGUGGUGAGAGCGGGUAUGGCAGCCGGGCCGGCGGUGCCAGCGGAGAUUCCAACGACCAUCAUCACGGGUUCCACGCGCACGUGGACGUGCACAACCUGGUGGCCAAAGUGACGGGUUUGUUGGAUAAGCUGCACGGGACACGCCAGAAUCUGCAGCAACUGUGGCACAUGAGGAAGCUGAAGCUGGACCAGUGUUUCCAGCUGCGACUGUUUGAACAGGACGCUGAGAAGAUGUUCGACUGGAUCAUGCACAACAAGGGGCUUUUCCUCACCAGCUACACGGAGAUCGGGGGAAACCACCAGCACGCCGUCGAGCUGCAGACCCAGCACAACCACUUCGCCAUGAACUGCAUGAACGUGUACGUGAACAUCAAUCGGAUCAUGUCAGUGGGGAACCGGCUCCUGGAGUCGGGCCACUACGCCUCACAGCAGAUCCAGCAGAUCUCCGGCCAGCUGGAGCAGGAGUGGAAGGCCUUCGCUGCGGCUCUGGACGAGCGCAGCACGCUGCUGGAGAUGUCUGCCAGCUUCCACCAGAAAGCCGACCAGUACAUGAGUAAAGUGGAGCCGUGGUGUAAGGCGUGUGGUGAAGGAGAGCUGCCUUCUGAACUCCAGGAUCUGGAAGACACCAUCCACCAUCACCAGGGAUUAUAUGAGCACAUCACAACUGCAUACUCUGAGGUGAGCCAGGACGGCAAGUCUCUACUGGACAAACUGCAGCGACCUUUGACCCCGGGAAGCGCCGAUUCACUGAUGGCAUCGGCUAACUACUCCAAGGCUGUCCACCACGUCCUGGACAUCAUCCACGAAGUGCUGCAUCACCAGAGGCAGCUGGAAAACAUCUGGCAGCAUCGCAAAGUUCGCCUGCACCAGCGCCUGCAGCUGUGUGUCUUUCAGCAGGACGUGCAGCAAGUGCUAGACUGGAUAGAAAACCACGGCGAGGCCUUCCUCAGCAAACACACCGGUGUUGGCAAGUCCCUGCACAGAGCCAGGGCUCUGCAGAAGAGACACGAGGACUUUGAAGAGGUCGCACAGAAUACCUACACCAAUGCCGACAAGUUGCUGGAGGCGGCCGAGCAGCUGGCUCAGACCGGAGAGUGUGACCCGGAGGAAAUUUACCAGGCUGCCCACCAGCUAGAAGAUCGCAUCCAGGACUUUGUGCGACGCGUCGAACAGCGCAAAGUCCUGCUGGACAUGUCCGUUGCCUUCCACACACACGUGAAAGAGCUGUGGACGUGGCUGGAGGAGCUUCAGAAGGAGCUGCUGGACGACGUGUACGCGGAGUCGGUGGAAGCCGUGCAGGACCUGAUCAAGCGCUUCGGCCAGCAGCAGCAGACCACCCUGCAGGCUACUGUCAACGUCAUCAAGGAGGGAGAGGACCUCAUCCAGCAGCUCAGAGACUCGGCCAUCUCGAGCAACAAGACUCCCCACAACAGCUCCAUGGCCCACAUCGAGAGCGUGCUGCAGCAGCUGGACGAGGCGCAGGGCCAGAUGGAGGAGCUGUUCCAGGAAAGGAAGAUCAAACUGGAGCUCUUCCUCCAGCUCCGCAUCUUCGAGAGGGACGCGAUCGACAUCAUCUCGGACCUGGAGUCAUGGAACGAGGAGCUGUCGCAGCAGAUGAGUGACUUUGACACCGAAGACCUGCCGCUGGCCGAGCAGAGGCUGCAGCAUCAUGCGGACAAGGCGCUCACCAUGAACAACCUCACCUUCGACGUCAUCCACCAGGGACAGGAGCUGCUGCAGUACGUCACGGAGGUCCAGGCGUCCGGUGUGGAGCUGUUAUGCGACAGAGAUGUGGACAUGGCCACGCGGGUCCAGGACCUGCUGGAGUUCCUCCACGAGAAGCAGCAGGAGUUGGACCUGGCAGCGGAGCAGCACCGGAGACACCUGGAGCAGUGUGUGCAGUUAAGGCAUCUGCAGGCUGAAGUCAAACAGGUGCUGGGUUGGAUCCGUAACGGAGAGUCCAUGCUCAACGCUGGUCUGAUCACAGCCAGUUCGCUGCAAGAGGCCGAACAGCUGCAAAAGGAACACGAACAAUUCCAACAUGCAAUAGAGAAAACCCAUCAGAGUGCGCUGCAGGUACAGCAGAAGGCGGAGGCCUUACUCCAGGCCAACCACUACGACAUGGACAUGAUCAGAGACUGUGCAGAAAAGGUGGCAGACCACUGGCAGCAGCUGAUGCUGAAGAUGGAGGAUCGACUCAAACUGGUCAAUGCCUCUGUGGCCUUUUACAAGACCUCUGAACAGGUGUGCAGUGUGCUGGAAAGCCUGGAGCAGGAGUACAAGCGAGAAGAAGACUGGUGCGGCGGCGCUGAUAAACUGGGCCCAAACAGUGAGUCGGACCAUGUCACGCCCAUGAUCAGCAAACACCUGGAGCAGAAGGAGGCCUUCCUCAAGGCGUGCACGUUAGCCAGGCGCAACGCCGAUGUCUUCUUGAAGUACCUGCACAGAAACAGUGUCAACAUGCCCGGCAUGUUGUCCCACGUCAAGGCUCCAGAGACUCAGGUUAAGAAUAUCCUGAAUGAGUUGCUGCAGAGAGAGAACAGAGUGCUCCACUUCUGGACCAUGAGGAAGCGGCGGCUGGACCAGUGCCAGCAAUAUGUGGUGUUCGAGCGCAGCGCCAAGCAGGCCCUGGAGUGGAUCCAUGACACUGGGGAGUUCUACCUGUCCACGCACACAUCCACCGGCUCCAGCAUUCACCACACGCAGGAGCUGCUGAAGGAGCACGAAGACUUCCAGAUCACGGCAAAGCAAACCAAAGAGAGGGUAAAGCUGUUGAUCCAGCUGGCAGAUGGGUUUUGUGACAAGGGCCACGCCCAUGCCCUGGAGAUAAAGAAAUGGGUGUCCUCAGUGGACAAACGCUACAGGGACUUCUCUCUCCGCAUGGACAAAUACCGAACCUGCCUGGAAUCGGCGCUGGGCAUUUCUUCCGACUCCAACAAGGCUAGUAAAGGGCUCCAAUUGGACAUCAUCCCGGCCAGCGCUCCAGGGUCAGAGGUCAAGUUGAGGGAUGCUGCCCACGAACUCAACGAGGAGAAGAGGAAGUCGGCGCGAAGGAAAGAAUUUAUAAUGGCUGAGCUGAUUCAAACGGAGAAAACCUACGUCAGAGACCUGCGGGAAUGUAUGGAUACGUACCUGUGGGAGAUGACGAGCGGCGUGGAGGAAAUUCCUCCUGGUAUCGUCAACAAGGAGCACAUCAUCUUUGGGAACAUGCAGGAUCUCUACGAGUUUCAUCACAACAUCUUCCUGAAGGAGUUGGAGAAGUAUGAGCAGCUUCCAGAGGAUGUCGGCCAUUGUUUUGUGACUUGGGCUGAUAAGUUCCAGAUGUAUGUGAACUACUGUAAGAACAAGCCGGACUCCACUCAGCUCAUCCUGGAACAUGCUGGACCCUACUUUGACGAAAUCCAGCAAAGGCAUCGUCUUGCCAACUCAAUUUCUUCCUACCUGAUCAAACCAGUCCAGAGAAUCACUAAGUACCAGCUUCUCUUAAAGGAGUUGUUGACGUGCUGUGAGGAGGGAAAAGGCGAGAUCAAGGAUGGUCUGGAGGUGAUGCUGAGUGUCCCCAAGAGAGCUAACGAUGCUAUGCACCUCUCUAUGCUGGAUGGUUUUGAUGGGAACAUUGACUCCCAGGGGGAGCUGAUACUCCAGGAGUCCUUCCAGGUAUGGGAUCCCAAGACUCUCAUUCGCAAGGGGCGUGAGCGACACCUCUUCCUGUUCGAAAUGUCCCUGGUCUUCAGCAAAGAGGUCAAAGACUCCAACGGGCGCAGCAAAUACCUCUUCAAGAGCAAGCUCUUUACAUCGGAGCUCGGGGUGACAGAGCAUGUGGAGGGAGAUGCGUGCAAGUUUGCCCUGUGGGUGGGCCGGACCCCGACCUCAGACAACAAGAUCGUCCUCAAGGCUUCGAGUAUUGACAACAAGCAGGACUGGAUCAAACACAUUCGGGAGGUGAUCCAGGAGCGAACUGUGCACCUGCGCGGAGCCCUGAAGGAGCCCAUCCACAUCCCCAAGGCCACCACAGCUAAACAUAAAGGCAGACGCAGGGAUGGAGAGGAGCUGGACAGCCAGGGAGACGCCAGCAGCCAACCAGACACCAUCUCUAUUGCCUCGCGUACAUCACAGAACACGCUGGACAGUGACAAGCUGUCCGGCGGCUGUGAGUUGACAGUGGUGAUCCACGACUUCGUCGCCAGCAAUGGCGGCUCCGGUGGCGAGCUGACGGUGCGCAGAGGGCAGACCGUGGAGGUUCUGGAGCGGCUCCACGACCGGCCCGACUGGUGCCUGGUGCGGACCACUGACCGCUCCCCGGCCCAGGAGGGCAUCGUACCCUGCGCCAUGCUCUGUAUCGCUCACUCCAGGUCCUCCAUGGAGAUGGAGGGGCUCUUCAACCACAAAGACACCUUGUCUGUAUCCAGCAACGACGCCCUGCACCCGGGCUCCAGCCAAACCCUGGGCCAUCACAGCUCGCCGGGGCCCAAGCGUCCGGGGAACACCCUGCGGAAGUGGCUGACCAGCCCCGUGCGGCGGCUCAGCUCCGGCAAGGCCGACGGCCACGUCAAGAAGCUCGCCCACAAGCACAAGAAGAAUCGCGACGGCGCGAGGAAGAACAUGGACGCAAUUCCCGGCUCCCAGAAGGACUCCGACGACAGCGCCGCCACACCACAGGACGAGACACUGGAGGAGCGUCUGCGUAACGAGGGGCUGAGCAGUGGCACCCUGUCCAAGUCUUCCUCAUCGGGCAUGCAGAGCUGUGGCGAGGAGGAGGGAGAAGAGGGCGCCGACGCCGUCCCUCUACCUCCCCCGAUGGCCAUCCAGCAACACAGCCUGCUGCAGCCCGACUCCCAGGACGACAAGUCUGCGUGUCGUCUCUCUGCUCGUCCCAGUAGCUCAGAGACGCCCAGCGCCGCUGAGCUGGUCAGCGCCAUCGAAGAGCUGGUCAAGAGCAAGAUGUCUCUGGAAGACCGUCCGAGCUCCCUGUCGGUAGAGCAGGGCGACAGCAGCUCUCCCUCCCUCAACCCGUCCGACAACUCCCUCCUCUCCUCCUCGUCACCCAUCGAUGAGCUGGACGAGCGCAAGUCUGGCUUCCUCAAGAGGAGACAUUAUGCGCUCCUGGAGCUGGUGGAGACGGAACGAGACUAUGUCAGGGACCUGGGAUCAGUGGUGGAGGGCUACAUGAGCAGGAUGAAAGAGGAAGGAGUUCCAGAUGACAUGAGAGGAAAAGACAAGAUUGUCUUCGGAAACAUCCAUCAGAUCUACGACUGGCACAAAGACUUCUUCCUGGGAGAACUAGAGAGGUGUCUGGAGGAUCCUGACAGGCUGGCCCCUCUGUUCGUCAAACAGGAGCGGAGGCUACACAUGUACAUCGUGUACUGCCAGAACAAGCCUAAAUCCGAGCACAUUGUGUCAGAGUACAUCGACACGUACUUUGAAGACCUUAAGCAGCGAUUGGGCCACAGACUGCAGAUCACUGACCUGCUGAUCAAACCUGUUCAGCGCAUAAUGAAGUACCAGCUGCUACUGAAGGAUCUUCACAAAGUUUCUAAGAAGGCUGGAGUGGACACGACAGAGCUGGAGAAAGCUGUGGAGGUGAUGUGUGUGGUCCCCAAGCGCUGCAAUGACAUGAUGAAUGUUGGGCGCCUUCAAGGCUUCGAGGGUAAAAUUGUGGCUCAGGGCAGAUUGAUCCUCCAAGAUACCUUCAUGGUGUCAGACCAGGACGGGGGACUUCUGUCGAGGAUGAAAGAGAGGAGAAUCUUCCUGUUUGAACAAAUAGUCAUCUUCAGCGAGCCCCUUGACAAAAAGAAGGGCUUCUCUACUCCUGGCUACCUCUUCAAGAACAGCGUCAAGGUGAGCUGGCUGGGUCUCGAAGAAAAUGCAGAUGACCCCUGCAAGUUUACGCUUACCUCCAGAUCAUCCGGUGGCAGCCUGGAGAGGUACACCCUCCACUCGACGAGCCCCGGAGUCAGUCAACUCUGGGUCCACCAGGUCAGCCAGAUACUGGAGAACCAGCGAAAUUUCCUCAAUGCUCUCACAUCCCCAAUAGAGUACCAGAGGAACCACGUGGGUGGCGGCGGGCCGGGAGGUCCACCCAGCAGUAGCAGCAGCAGCAGCACUGGAGGACUGCCGGGAGGCAGCAGCUCCAAUUGUACCCCCAACAUGGGAGGGGGAGGCGGCGGCGGCGGCGGUGGCUCCGGAGGAUCAGGGGGCAGCUCCUCCUCUCUGUGCGGCCCUCGCUCCCGGCCCUCCCGCAUCCCCCAGCCAUCCUCACGCCUCCCCCAGCCUGUCCACCACCACCACCCCCCGGGCCCUGAUGGGCCCGACCGAUCAGCAGGUAUGUGGUCACCCUGCCAGCCCCAGUCCCUCCCCUCUAACCCCUACUCUGACACCACCACAAACGGGGAGCUGUUAGCCUCAGAGGUCCCUAAGAUGAGGAUGCUGGAUAAUCCUCAUGGAAGUAACAGUAAUAACAGUAACAGGUCACCAGGCAGCAUGGAGGGCAGACACGGCCCCACAGGCCAUGAAGAGACCCAGAAACAUCAAACCGCCGGGAUACCACAAAUGGCCGUGGCGCCCCUGAAUUUGCCCCAAAAAAGCCCUCGAAUCGGGACGGUUCCGCCGCUGCUUUCGCCUCAGUCCCCUGGAGGAGGCGGAGGAAAGGAAACACUUGUCCCCUCCAGUCCGGCUCAUAAAGGUAACGCUUUCUGGCCGAUGGUCCCCGCCGUGCCUCCCUCUCAUGCCAGCCGGCCGGGUUCCUUCUCCUACCCCAGUGACAAUGGUAGUGGAGCGGACUCCUUGGGCAGAGGAAGCCAUGGGACUUCCUCUCAUCACCGGCACUCCGCCCACAGCAAGGACAUAGACCGCAUGAGUACCUGCUCCUCCACCAGCGAGCAGUCCAUACAGUCCACCCAGAGCAACGGGAGUGAAAGCAGUAGCAGCAGCAGCGUGUCCACCAUGUUGGUGACCCAGGACUAUGUGGCGGUGAAGGAGGAUGAGAUCAGUGUGGCGCAGGGUGAAGUGGUCCAAAUGCUAGCCAGCAACCAGCAGAACAUGUUCCUGGUGUACCGGGCAUCCACCGAGCACUGCCCUGCAGCCGAAGGCUGGAUCCCUGGCUAUGUAUUGGGACACACCUCAUCCUCCAUCACACCCGAACUCCCUGAAGGAACCAUCAAAAAAUCAUUAUCAUGGCACACAGCGCUCCGUAUCCGACGGAAAUCCGAGAAAAGAGACAAAGAGGGCAGGAAAUUGGAGAACGGCUACCGCAAGUCUCAGGACAGCCUGGCCAACAAAGUCUCUGUUAAGCUUCUAAAUCCCAACUUCAUCUAUGAUGCUCCCCCAGAGUUCCUUGUCCCUGUUGGUGAUGCGGCAUGCGAGAGUGGCGACAGUGUUACUCUGAGGUGUAAGGUGUGUGGACGACCUCGGGCCACAGUCUGCUGGCGGGGACCUGACAACGGCGCGCUUAGCAACAACGGACACUACAGCAUCACCUACAGUGAGACGGGGGAGGCGGCCCUGCGCAUCCUGGGAGUGUCCGCGGAGGACGGCGGCGUGUACUCCUGUGUUGCCACGAACGUGGCAGGCUCCGUCACCUCCUCCGCCAGCCUCAGGGUCUCAGGAAUCGCUGACGAUGGCAGUGAAGUCCUCUGGAAAGGCAGCUUCGAGUCCCACUACACAGAGAUCACUGAACUAGGAAGGGGCCGGUUCUCUGUGACCAAGCGGUGUGACCAGAGAGGGAGUAAGUGGACGGUGGCGGCGAAACACAUCAACAAGAAGCUGCUGCGCCGGGAGCAGGUGCUGCAGGAGAUCAGACUCCUGCAGACUCUGGACCAUCCCAACCUGGUCAAACUGCUGGACACGUACGAGACGUUCAACAGCUACAUACUGGUCCUAGAGAUGGCAGACCAGGGACGUUUCCUGGACUACAUCGUGAGCUGGGGGAACUUGACAGAGGAGAGGGUGGCUCUCUACCUCAGAGACAUUCUGGAAGCCCUCCACUACCUGCACAGCUGGAGGAUAGCACACCUUGAUCUCAAACCAGAGAACAUUUUGGUGGAACAUGUAUCUUCCCAGCCACUCAUCAGGCUGACAGAUUUCGGUGACGCCGUUCAGCUGGACCCUCCCUCCUCCUACGUCCAUCCUCUCCUGGGCAGCCCAGAGUUCUCUGCUCCUGAGCUGAUCCUGGGUCAGCCCGUCUCACUGACGUCCGACCUCUGGAGCCUAGGGGUGGUGACCUAUGUGGUGCUCAGCGGCGCCUCUCCCUUCCUGGAUGAGAGUUUGGAGGAGACUUGUCUGAACGUCUGUCGCCUGGACUUCAGCUUCCCCGAGGACUACUUCCAGGGUGUGAGCCCAGCUGCCAGGGACUUUGUCCGCCUGCUCCUCCAGGGGGAGCCGGGGCGACGGCCCUCGGCGGCCGCCUGCCUGCAGGAGCCGUGGCUGCGGCCUCAGGGUGUGACACACAGAGACACGGGACACGCCAACCUGAAUCACACCCAGCCGCCAUCGCCGAAUCACCACGCCGCGCAUCUGGACACCUCCCGACUCAUUUCCUUCAUCGAGAGGCGGAAGCACCAGAACGACGUUCGGCCCAUUGGCACCGUCAAGGCCUUCCUACAGAGCCGCCUGCUUAACCACAUGUGACUAACAGGCCACUAGGUAGAUGUGAGAGCAUGCACUGCUGGUGUAUAGCGAAGGAAUCCAUGCGUGUCCAGCAAACUUUAGUGGAUGAGCGAUCUGGUUGCGAUGAGACGUGCCGAGAGGGCCACCAGCGACGUGUCCCCGAUGAUUUCCUUUUCCCUCACUGGGCCACAAAAUUCCUGCUGCUGCUGACUGACUGACUACUCUGCUGAUAAACCCUUUGACUCUUCCCACUUGUCCUUAACCUUGGCAUAUCGUCGUUAUGCCUGCACAACAAACGAACUGCUGGAAUCGAUUCGAGAUUUCAAUCUUUGACUCGGCAGGGAGAAAAACCGAGCUUUCUCAGCGAGCCAGCGUGAGCAAGUCGCGCGUCUCGGAGCGCGUUGAACGGAGGAAAAUAGAAUACUGUAUAAUAAGAGUAAUUCAGGCUGCUUUCGGUUGAACACGUGAACGUGUUUGGGGUUUUUUUUGUAACGAGAGAUUACUUUUUUUGUAAAUGAAACCAUGUACAGCAAGGAAACAGAACUGUCUUUAUUAAUACCUUUUGGAAAACAAAGGUUGGUUAUUAUGUUGAAAGAAGAACAAGAGAGAUGAGAUGUGUGUGAACAAAGUGGUGCCCGUCAGCAGGGUCCAUUUACUCUAGAUGAAGACCAAAACCACGCUCUCCAGAAGCACGUCGUAGUUGCGUUCAGUGCAAUAGUUUGCUCAACUUCAUGACCCCGCUUUUGGUUUGAAAGGUGAAAUCAUUUUCGGCUCGUGACACUGAGAGAAGUUGACUUGUCGUGAAAAAAAGGUGUUAAAGCUGUUCGGCAAAGCUUCUCCAAUUUCAACCUGCAUCCGCCUUAUUUGUAAAUAAUGUAUUGCUGCCUUUAGUUUUUCAUUUCGAAGAAUUUUUAAAAAAAGCUAUUUAAUUUGCCCAACAUUAGUGAGCCCAUGCAGUUGGUGAGAUGGGUCACUUCCUGCGUGACCCUCGGUGGCCAGAUUUGUCGCCACGGACAAACCGCUACUAGAAAUGCACUCAGAAAUUGCAUCGACUCCCGUGUGCAAUGUUGCAGCUUUAACAUUUAUGCAACUAUUUAUGAAGACGUGUUGUAGCCGUAUUCUUAAAAAGGCAUGUACGUACCUGGUACUGCGAUAGAUGUCUGUAUUGUGUUGACUCUUAUGUAUUAAGUUCAGUAUUAAAAUCUGCAAAACCCCUCCGAGGGUUUUCAGAGAUAAUGUAUAAAAAAAAAUGUGUAAAAUAUAGGCACUUAUGCUUUCAUUUUGUCAUUGUCAUGUUUUUUUGUUUUUUUUCUUUAACAAUACCAAAGUUGACUAUGAUUUCUUUUCCUGCUAAAAUGUUGUUUUUAUGAUUUCUCAUGUUAAGUUAUAACAGAGCACACUGAACCCAGGCAUAUAAGUGUUUACAUAGGUUCAGUCUGGCUUUAUUUAUUCUUAUUGUAUUAAGAGAUUGUUAGGUGUUAUUGCUAAAGAAAAAAAACUAUUGCUUCACUUGUCUUUUCCUUCCUUUUUUUCAAGCUGUACACAAAGUGGUUUGCUGUGCAAGUUUGUUUGGCUUUCUGUAGGUAGAUACUGGUGUGUGUCGCUGGAUUUUUUUUGUUGUUGUUGUUGUUUUUAGCAACACAUUUCGACAUCAUAAGACAUUUUGACCAAGCAAUAGGUUUGGGAAAAAUGCUCAUUGUGGCCCGCCCACCGUGGAUUUGAAAUGAUCGGGGGAAAGCAUUACGCUGUCUAGAUAACAUUUCAGAUACAUCCCUUUGGUAAAUAUCCAUCAGCAUUAACGGGCAUCUGCCAUGAGAGAGAUCUCUUCCAGUUAUUGUUUAUUUGAAUGAGCAUGUCUUUAGGUUAAGAAGUUGUUGGAAGCUUCCUUUCUUCUUUUUUUCUUUUUUUAAGUGCCAGUGGAGAGAGUCAACCUAAAGCGGUGGCUGAAACAAAAACAAAAAACAUGGAUUGUUAUUUUUAUGUGAAGGUUGUAACAGUUACUGUCACAUGAUCUGAUUUCAUGUUUAAGAAGUCCGUCGUGUCUAAGUCUCUCGUUUGUUUUUUUUUUGUGUGUCAUUUUUAUUUAUUGGUAUGGAUCUGGGUUUCCCAAAUUCAUGCUGUUAUUCAGUCAAUCCGAUUCUCUCGAAGCCUAUUCAUGAAAAACAAAACCAAAACAAAAAAGAUCCAAGUGAUAAAAUGCCUUUGGGAAACCCAGCCUGCUCGCGAUGUAAAGCUGUACAGAGGGGUCGGGCAGGUUUGCCCACGCCCGGGACGUAAACCUCAUAACGUUGUCAUAUUUUAAAUACACACAGAACAAGACUGCAGCAAUGUCAUUUUGAAUGUCUUAUUAUGACUCAUUUUUACUUUUGCAUGUAUAUUUCUUUGUACAGAAGAUUGUGUUUACAUGUUAUUAUGUGUUGUAAAUAUUUUAUUUUGUCCUCUGGUUAUUUUUGCCAUUAAACGUGCAAGGAACAA